AUGGCAUCUGAUGACGAAGAAAUGGAAAUAAGUAAAGAUGAUAUUGAAGAUGAUGAUGAUGAUGAUGAUGAUGAUGACGAUGGUAGUACAUCAGAGGAUUCAGCUGACGAAAAAAUUGAUGAUAGUAAACAAGAAACUGAACUAGUUGCACAUCGUGAUAUAGUUCAAUCAAAUCCAUAUAAUUAUCAAGCACAUAUUGAUUAUAUAAAUUUAGCUCAUCAAUAUGGUAAUCUUGAACAUUUACGUUUUGCUCGUCAAACAAUGUCUGAAAUAUAUCCAUUAACACAACAACUUUGGCUUGAUUGGAUUCGAGAUGAAAUUCGUUUAUUAAUAUCAAAUACAGAAGAAAAUAAAGAACUUAUUCAAUUAUUUGAACGUGCUGUUAAUGAUUAUUUAUCUGUUAAAAUAUGGAUUGAAUAUGUUCAAUAUCGUAUACCAUAUUAUGUAUCAUUAAAUUCUAUUGAAGAACUUCGAAAUUUAUUUGAACGUGGUCUUAGUUCAUGUGCUCUUCAUUUAACUGAAGGUAGUAUUUUAUGGGCUGCUUAUAUUGAAACAGAAAAAGCUAUAUUAGAUGGUAUUUUAUUACAAUAUAAUCAAAAUAAAACAAAUAAUGAUUUAAAAGAAAAAAUUCUUCAACAUGUUGAUUAUAUUUUAACAUUAUAUCGUCGACAAUUAUCAAUACCAUUACAUGGAAUGGAUACUAUUUAUUAUAAAGAUUAUAAUGAAUUUUGUCAACAAUAUAAAGAAUAUUUACCGACAAAUUAUAUGGAGAAAUAUGAUUUAGUAUUAAAAAAUGAUUUUGAUCAUGCUAUUCAACAAUUAAAACAAUGUGAAAAAUUUGAACAAGAAUUAGAUAAUACUAAUAGAAGUGUUGCAACCUAUAGAAAAUAUAUUGAAUUUGAAAAAGAACCAGCACGUAUUCAAUGUUUAUACGAACGAGCAAUUGUUGAUAAUUGUCUUGAUGGUGAUUUAUGGCUUUCAUACAUCGAUUUUGCCGAAGAAUAUUUAUCAUCUCCAACUAUUCUACAAUCAAUAUUUGAACGUUCGUUACGAAAUUGUCCAUGGGUAGCAUCAUUAUGGAUUCGUUAUGCUGAAUAUAUGGAAUUGACUGGAAAUGUUGAUCAUUCUCAAUUAAAAAAAAUCUAUGAUCGUGCACUUAAUUCUGAUCCAACAAAUCUUAUUUCAUUUGUUGAUAUACAAUUAGCUUAUUUUCAAUAUCGUCGUCGUCAUUAUCAUCAAGAAUUAUUAUUAAAUAAUUCCGAACAAUGUGAUUUAUUAAAAGAAGAAAUUCGUCAUAUAUGUGAAUAUGCUUCUGAUCAAUAUCAAGAAUUAUUUUUAUCAUCAAAUAAUUCAAAUUUAUUUUUAAAAUAUAAUGGACAACUUGAAUUAUUUUGGAUACAUUUAGAAAUAAAAUCAUUUCAUUCAAUUGAACAUGCUAGAAAAAUAUGGAAUGGUCGAACAUUAAUGAAUAAAACACAUAAUCAAAUGAUAUCAAAUUUAUGGAAAAAUUAUUAUUAUACAGAAAUUAAUUAUGGAGAUGAAAAACAUGCAAGAAAAGUUUUAUAUCGUGCAUUAAAUCACAUACAAACAAUGGAUUAUCCAUUAAUUAUAUGUAAUCUUUUAUUAGAACACGAUAAAAAAUAUGGAACUAUACAACAAUUAAAAGAAACUAAAGAUAAAUUAAAACAAAUUAAACAUACAAUUAUUCAAAUUGAAAAACCUAAACGAAAACAACAACAACAACAACAACAAUCAAAUAAAAAACAAAUCAAUAAAGGAAAACAAAAAGAAACCAAAGAAAAAUCAACUAAAGUUUCGAAUAAACAAAUGGAUACAACUGCUGCAUCAGUUCAAAGCAAUGGUAAUACCACGGAGCAACAACAGCAAUCACCUCGUAAACGAAAAUUAUCACCAGAAGAAGCGCAGACUAUUAAAAAGAAACCUCAAGCUCCAACAAUAGAUAGUGAAGGUUUUAAAAUACCAGCUCCACCUCCUUCUCUUGCAUCAUCUUCAAUUUCAACUGCCACUUCUAUAGUCAGUUCUACAAAAAAUAUUGAUCAUUUAAAUACUGUAUUUAUCGCUAAUUUGGCUUAUGAAAUUACUGAAGAUGAAAUUCGUCAAGUACUUUCAUCAGCUGGUGAAAUAAAAGACAUACGUCUUGUUAAACAUGAAUGGUCUGGUAAAUCAAAAGGUUUUGGUUAUGUUGAUUUUGUUACAAGUGACGGCUAUCGUCAAGCAUUAAAACUAGAUCAUACACCAAUAAAUGGUCGACCCAUGUAUGUUAGUGCUUAUGAUCCAAAUAAAGCUGCAUCAAAUGAUCUAACUAAAAAAUUUAAAUAUGCCACAGCUUUAGAACAAAAUAAAUUAUUUAUAUCAGAUUUAUCAUUUUCAACAACUAAAGAACAACUUCAAAAUUUAUUUCUAGAAAAAGGAUUUAAAGUUAAAGAUGUUCGAUUAGUAACACAUAAAAGUGGAAAAUCCAAAGGACUUGCUUAUGUUGAAUUUAAUGAUGCACAAGAAGCUUCACAAGCAAUACUUAAAUUUGAUGGAACAGAUAUUGAUGGACAUACAAUUAAAGUUGCUAUUAGUAAUCCACCACAACGUAAAGAACCAAUUAAAUUAGCACCAACAACUAAAACAGUUGUAUCAAAAGCAACAUCAUUAGGUGAAGCACCGAAAUCAACUGGACCAAGAGGUAGAGGACAUUCUCAAAUUUCAUUAGUACCAAGGAAAGUUGCAAUAACAACGAAUGCAACAUCGAUGAGUCAAUCAACACCAACAACUACAAAUACAAUGAGUAAUGAUGACUUUAGAAAAAUGCUUUUCAGUAAAAAAUGA